CCCCACAUCGGCUUCUUCCCGGAGGCUCUCGGUCAGACUGGCAGCUUAGGUUCUGGUCCGUGCCGGAACCUCUUAGGGUAGCGGCUGACACAACGCCAUUCACAUCAUGACUUGGAUCCCCACUGCGACACAACCUCUAAAGAGACGUGGGUCCUCGGCGCCUCUUUAGUGCCGGGGCUCGGGCUACAGGCAGCUCCGCGGCGGCGAAAUCGAACCUCUGGAAUGGACGGCCUCCUCCCAAGCAACUUAGCUAAUUGGCAGCAGCUGAACAAUGUUCCUAGUUAAUAUCUACCUGUGAGCUUAAUCAUCACAUCCCUUCUCUCCGGUGGCAGGGACUCAGCUCUGAAAUCUAUGUAGAAAAAGCACCGGAUCCCAGUCUUUCAAUGGCUUCGAGACAAUCAGAAGUGCCCGCCCUUGAGCCCAGUGGGCCUCUAGGCAAGAUGUCCCUGCCCAUCGGGAUGCACCGCCGGGCAUUCAGCUACGAUGAUGCCCUGGAGGACCCCGCGCCCAUGACUCCUCCCCCGUCGGACAUGGGCAGCAUCCCCUGGAAGCCCGUGAUUCCAGAGCGCAAGUAUCAGCACCUCGCCAAGGUGGAGGAAAGAGAGGCCAGUGUCUCCCCUGACAUGACCCUGUCAUCGGCCAUUGACAGUACGGAAAAGGUCCCCGUGGUGAAGGCUAAAGCCACCCGUGUCAUCCUGAAUUCUCUGAUCACAAAACAGACCCAGGAGAGCAUUCAGCGUUUUGAGCAGCAGGCAGGGCUGAGAGACGCUGGCUACACGCCCCACAAGGGCCUCACCGCCGAGGAGACCAAGUACCUGCGCGGGGCAGAGGCGCUCCACAAACUAAAACUGCAGAGUGGAGAGGUCACGCGAGAAGAGAAGCCGGUCUCGGCCCAGUCCACCCCCAGCAGCACCCCCCACUCUUCCCCGAAGCAGAAGCCUAGGGGCUGGUUCUCUUCUGGCUCUUCCACAGCCUUGCCCGGCCCAAAUCUUAGCGCCAUGGAUUCUGGAAGCAGGGAUAAGGACAGAAACUCGGCAGAUAGAUGGAGCCUCUUUGGACCAAGACCCCUCCAGAAGUCCGAUUCAGCAGGUUUGGCCACCCAGCCCUACCGAGGAGCCCAGAAACCUUCCCCAAUGGAGCUGAUCCGCGCGCAGGCCACCCGGACGGCCGAGGACCCAGCAGCCUGCAGGCCACCCAAGAUGGAUGUCCCAGUGGUGGAGGGGAAGAGGCAGCCGCCACGAACCCAUGACCUCAAGCCCCGGGACUUGAAUGUGCUCACACCCACCGGCUUCUAGAGCCUUGGCCUCCAGUGACUCUGGGUAGAGGGAGUCUCGCACCUACUCCACCGCUACUCUGGCUCUGACAUAGGAAGCGUUUGGGUUUUUUGGUUUUUUCUUUUAACCCCCUUAAACUGAGGCUAGAAGUAGAGAGAGUUUUGAGAACCAUUUGUGGAAAGCCUGCCCUUGUGUGGAAGAAGCCGUCGUGUGGCUUUGGUUUGAAGUCAGACUAGGUCAUCUCAGCCGCGACGUGUGGGGCCUCCCCGUCACAUGUGCACCGUCUGGCCCAGACCAGAACCUGACCUUCGCUGCCCAGGUAGAUGGCGUUCGUGCUGCUCCUUCACCACAGGCAGCACCCACACUGCGGGCCAUGGCCAAGAGGCUCCGCCCUCUCGACAGCUGGUGCUGGUGCCACCGCCCUGUCCACGCAGGGACCCACGGUCCGUCUGAGGUCUGGGCUCGAAGAAAAGCAGGUUUGGCAGGGACCCUCCUGCCUGGAGACUGCAGCCCUCGCUCUCGGCCAGGUCCUAACAGCGGGGCCCCCAGGGCAGUUGUUCUGGGCAGGGCUUCUCUUUCAUGUCCUUUGUUACACUUCAAAGUGAGAUCAAAGUAACUCCAAUUUGGUGGAAGACUUUCUAAGGAGAAACUUCAGCCUACUGUUUAGGUAUGAGUGGAUGUUAAGCUUUUUCAGUAAAGGUGGUGGUGACUAUACAUCAAUUACAGCCUGGACACUCACGUGAAACAAGUAUCAGCAGGGCCUGCAACUUUUGCCAAGAGGUGGAAGAUGAAAACAUUUCCUCUAAGCAGUCAUUCCUCCAGUGAGCCCACACCUGUGUGAACACCAGGCUUCCCGGGGAAAGGAGCCGGAAGCACCUGUGCGUUUCCCGUCACCGAGGGCACGUGCAGUCGUCGUCCGGAACCCCAUUGUCUCAAACCCCGGCUGCUUCUCCUUUGGAAGGAGCCGGUCUGCGUGGCCAGCUGCGCUGACCUUUCCAGAGAGAGGCCCUGGAGUCUCAGAUGAUGAGAACAAUUAAUUUAUUUGUGUUCUGUUACACUCGGAUCUCUUGUUUCGACAAUAAAAAUCUGUACUGCUUUCUCAAA